AUGGAUCCGAGAGGUUUAGUAAUGUUAGUGGCGAUUCUAGUUGCGGAAAUUGGUUGUGUUGCUAACGGAAAUUUAGUGUUCCCGGUGGAGCGUCGGAAAAGGAGUUUAAGCGCUAUCAAAGCUCACGAUGCUCGCCGUCGAGGUCGAAUUCUCUCCGCCGUGGAUCUCAACCUUGGCGGCAAUGGUCUCCCUACUAAGACUGGUCUGUAUUAUACAAAACUUGGGCUUGGCUCUCCUCCGAAGGAUUAUUAUGUGCAAGUUGAUACAGGAAGUGAUAUUAUGUGGGUGAAUUGUGUUCAGUGCUCGAGAUGUCCCAGGAAAAGUGAUCUCGGUAUAGAUUUGACUCUUUAUGACCCAAAGAAAUCUGGAACUUCACAGCUGGUUUCUUGUGACCAAGAUUUUUGCUUUGCCGCGUUUGAUGGUCCAAUUCCUGGGUGCAAGUCUGAAAUUCCAUGCCCCUACAGUAUAACUUACGGAGAUGGAAGUGCAACUUCUGGAUACUAUGUCCAGGAUUAUCUUACGUAUAACCGUGUCAACGGAAAUCUUCGUACUACACCACAAAAUAGCAGCAUCAUUUUUGGGUGUGGUGCUGCACAAUCUGGGACAUUGGGUUCAUCUACUGAAGAAGCCCUUGAUGGAAUAAUUGGUUUUGGACAAGCAAAUUCUUCUUUGCUGUCACAGCUUGCUGCAUCCGGAAAGGUGAAAAAAAUAUUUUCACAUUGCCUUGACAAUAUUCGUGGUGGUGGAAUAUUUGCCAUAGGGGAAUUGGUGGAACCAAAAGUCAGCACAACUCCAUUGGUACCGAAAAUGGCACACUAUAACGUGGUUUUGAAGAGUAUUGAGGUAGAUACAGAUACUCUACAGCUUCCCUCAGAUAUAUUUGAUUCGGGAAAUGGGAGGGGGACAGUAAUAGAUAGUGGAACAACCUUGGCUUAUCUUCCUGCCUUAGUUUAUGACGAACUGAUUCCAAAGGUUUUGGCCCGGCAGCCUGGACUGAAAUUAUAUCUUGUUGACCAACAAUUUAGUUGUUUUCAGUAUGCUGGAAAUGUUGAUCGUGGAUUUCCAGUUGUCAAGUUUCAUUUUGAGGAUUCUCUUUCUCUGACAGUUUAUCCUCACGACUACCUGUUUGAGUUUAAUGGUGGUAUCCGGUGUAUUGGCUGGCAGAAGAGUGCGGCACAGACCAAGAAUGGAAAGGAUAUGACCCUUCUUGGAGAUUUGGUGCUAUCAAACAAACUAGUGGUAUAUGAUCUUGAAAAUAUGGCCAUUGGAUGGACUGACUACAAUUGCUCUUCGAGCAUUAAAGUGAAGGAUGAAGCAACUGGAGAAUCUUUUGGGGUGGCAUUGGGCACCAUGACAUUCAGUCCUGAAUUGGACAUUUGUACUAAUGAAAGUGAUGAGUAUGUUGUGGUAGCUGUAUCACAGUAUUCAAUUACAAAAGCUUCAUUGGUGUCCAGUGUUGCAUUAGCCAAAUCCCAGCUUUCACUUUCACCAGUGUCCUCUGCCAUGGAAAACAAUGGCCACCAUCAUCAUCACACCAACCAAAUCUCAACCUCCAACUCUCAUGGUUUCUCUUCCAAACCCAGUUGCAGUAAGCAGAAAAUGGUUCUUGAUUUCGAUUUAAAUGAACCCAUAAUCGAUUCAAUGGCUUCUUCUCCUCUCAUCGACAUCAAUUUGGUUCCAAUUUCUCAGGUUUCUGCUGAUAAUUUCCUGGUGGCAAAGGAUGGGUGCCAAACUCUUGCUCCAACAUUGGAUUUGUUGCCUGCUCCUCCAACACAAGUUGUUGAACAAGUGCAUUCAUCCAAUUCCAAUGAUGACAUAACAGUGAAGUUUCCAUUUGAUCUUAAUGCUAAACUUGAUGAGGAGGAUUCAAUUUCUUGCACUGAGGAAGCACCUCCCAAAGUAGGUGAAACCAUUCCAAAUUUACCUACCACUUAUUUGGAGGUCACGCGACAAGAUGUUCCUCCUACAAACAUGGACAGUGAAGAUAGAGCAAGUGCUGUCGAGGGAAGAACAGCAACAUCUGAAAGCAGGAAGAGAAAGAGAUUUAUCGAAGAAUAUGAGAGAGGGAAUGGGAGAUCUUUUCGCGGGAAAACAUCGACUGUGAAUGUUGAAAGCCGAAGAAAGACCAUUGUGGACGAUGGUUAUCGUUGGCGAAAAUAUGGCCAGAAAACUAUAAAGGGAAAUUCGUUCCCCAGGGCCUACUACAAAUGCACAAGUCCUGGGUGUUCUGUAAGGAAGCACGUGGAACGAGAUUCUCGCAACAAAAAGAAUGUGAUCACUACUUAUGAGGGAAAACACAAUCAUGAACAACCACCCCCUAAGAUCCCUAAUGAGAAACAAUGCGCAGAUGAUGAAGAAGUUGAAGAUGAAGAAGAAGCGAGAGAAGAACUUGCUACUGCUGCAACCAAUGCUCUUUUGAAUUUUCAAUUACCUGCGAGUAGGAAUUUUCUCAACACCCCACACACUGCACAACCUCGACUUCAAACUCUUCAGCUACUUCCUAAUGACACAAAUCCUGGAUUUGCCAUUACUAGGUCAGUGUGGCCUAACCCUUUUGGAAGUUUCAGCAAUAACAUGAACAUUGGAUCUUCCUCUUACACCCCUCAAAUGCACUAUUAUUCUUUCUUCAAUAAUACCAAUACCAUGCCUUACGGUUCCUAUGGACUUACCCUCAACCGUUAUGCUGUCCCUCAACCUGAGUUUCCAAUGCCACCACCCUUUAUCAUUCCUUCUUCUUCUCAAGUUUUUUCUCAGGCUAUGCUUAACGCAAAUGGGUCCAGUUCAGUGUUUCCUUUAAGGGAAAUAGGUGCAAGAUAUCGCAGCUGGUAUUAG